AUGCUCGCCUUCCUUGCGGGAUGCGUCAACGCCAUUGGUGUCGCAAUGUUCGCCGUGUCCAUCGGCAACGUGACAGGCCUCGUGACGAAUAUUGCAAUCCAUCUCAUCGACGACGACCCCAUAGCAGCCGUCGUGCCUCUGCAAUACUUCUCCUUCCUCCUUGGGUCGGUCGUCAGCGGCGUCCUCAUCAGCUCGCGCAAGGUCGGAUGGGGCACCGAGCUGUACGGGAUCGUGCUCAUGCUCGUGAGCGCCCUCAUCUUUGUCGGAUGGCGCACCGCGACCACCUCGGAGAACGUCGCCAUUUGCGUGCUCGCCCUCUCGAUGGGCCUCCAGAACGGCAUGCUCACCAAGCACGCGCACGCCGUCGUUCGCACGACGCACAUGACGGGCACCACGACGGACAUUGGCGUGAUUAUCGGCCAUCAGCUCGGCCGCAGGCUGCACGAUCUCGCGAUGAGGGAGCAUCUCUUCUCGCGAGAGGGCUCGCAGCAUGUGCAGCGGGAAAACACGCUGCGGAGGAGGAGGAGCGAGUGGGGCCAGAUGCGGCUGCUCAGCCUCCUACUCGUCUCCUUCUUCUGCGGGUCCCUCACCGGCUUCAGCCUGUACCGCGCCUGGGGCGCCGACGCGCUCCUGCUGCCCGCCAUCGCCGAGGCGGUGAUGGGCUCGAGCUACUUUCUCUACUUCCAUGCCCUGAAGUUGUGCCCGCGCCGGCACAGGCAGCUGCGCGCACCUCCGGCGCGUUCGACUGUCUGA